AUGUCCAUUGUAGGUGAUGUCGGUGAAGAGCGGGCCCAACCAACAACAUUGAUCGUUGCGCCAUUUGAUGAUAAUCAUCCGGAUUUCAUUUUCAUGCGGAUGUGUCAUGCACAACGUGCCGCUGUGGCGUCAGCUGGUUUCGGCAUGUCGUUUGUAAUACUCAUGUUCAUUUCGGCAUUCUUUGAAUUCGACUGGUAUCACCAUAAGAAGGGAGUCGACUUAGUUGCUCUAUUAACAUUAUUCUUUUAUUUGGCUCUUGGAGUACUCAUUCAUUAUUACGUCCUACUUGGUGUUAAACACAAUUGUGCUAGUUAUCUUCUACCGUUCAUCAUUGUAUAUAUGGUUAUCAUUGGUAGUGAAUCUGUUGCAGCAUUAUAUCCGCUGAUGCAUAUACGUUCAACGCAUGGCUUUUGGCUUGGUGAUGAUAGCCGUAAUGUUUUCAUACUCACAUUCAUUAUGUUCCUCAUUAUCGUAUCUAUACAAUCCAUCAUGCUUGCGGCUGUGUGCAAAUGCCGGUUAUAUUUAUCGUGUAAACAUGCGCACAUCACGGCCAUGAAAGUUGCUGAAAAGAGUCGUUGCAAAUAUCCUGGUAUUCAAAUUUUAUUAGCAAAUGAUCAUAGACCAGUAAAUGGUACGGUUGCAAAUGAGAAUGUGACAAGAACACAGCAAGUGAACGAUGAUGAUAAUACUAACGUCGAUCAACGUUCGCAUGAAGUUCGUUCAUCAUAUGUGCAACAAAUUAACACUCAAAUGCAGUUUGAAAGUAGCGCUCAGCCACCACCGUACGCUGCAGCUGCAAGCUCAACGUAUGCUUAUGACCAACCUAACAGUCACUCAUCAGCUACAGAAGCCAAUACCACCACUGCUCAUACAACACUACCACCAUCUAUUUCCGACAAAUAA